AAUCUCGCUACGUGAAGCUCGCCUCGCCCACCACCAGUGCCCCCCGUGUCCCACACUCUUCCGCCGCCGGCGCUGGGGAUGGCGGGGGCCAAGGCGGCUGCGGGCGGCUCGGCGGCGCCGCUGCUGCCGGCGCAGGCGGGGGAAGGGAGCUCAGCAAGAGGCGCGGGCGGAGGGGCCACGUCGGCGCAGACGCUGGGGAACGUGGUGGUCUCCAUCGUGGGCACCGGCGUGCUCGGCCUCCCCUACGCCUUCCGCGCCGCCGGCUGGGUCGCCGGCUCCCUCGGCGUCGCCGCCGCCGGCUCCGCCACGCUCUACUGCAUGUUGCUACUCGUGGACUGCAGGGAUAAACUCGCAGAGGAGGAAACUGAAGAGUGCUGUCAUGGUCAUUACACAUAUGGGGAUUUGGGUGACAGGUGCUUCGGGACGAUAGGUCGAUGCUUGACAGAAAUCCUCGUCCUUGUUUCGCAGGCUGGUGGUUCUGUGGCAUACCUAAUAUUCAUUGGCCAAAAUCUACAUUCCACAUUCAGCCAGUUGAUGUCACCAGCUGGCUUCAUCUUUGCUAUCCUCCUGCCUCUGCAGAUAGCACUCUCCUUCAUCCGUUCACUGUCUUCCCUUUCUCCAUUCAGUAUAUUUGCAGAUGUGUGCAAUGUCCUUGCGAUGGCAAUUGUUAUCAAAGAGGAUCUUCAGCUUUUUGACCAUCCCUUUUCACAUAGAAGUGCUUUUAAUGGACUUUGGGCAGUACCAUUCACCUUUGGUGUUGCAGUCUUCUGUUUCGAAGGAUUCAGCAUGACCCUUGCGCUAGAAGCGUCAAUGGCAGAGCGGAGAAAGUUCCGCUGGGUACUUUCUCAAGCAGUUGCUGCCAUUAUAACCGUGUAUGUCUGUUUUGGAGUGUGUGGGUACUUGGCCUAUGGCGAGGCCACAAAAGACAUCAUAACACUUAAUCUUCCAAACAAUUGGUCGUCUGCUGCAGUUAAGGUUGGCCUAUGUAUUGCACUGGCAUUCACUUUCCCAGUGAUGAUGCACCCAAUCCACGAGAUCGUUGAGACAAGAUUCAGAUCCAACGGAUGCUUUCAGAAGCUCUGCCGCAAUAAUGUUGGUGGCGCCGAGUGGAUAGGCUUGCACUCAAGCCGUAUCCUCGUGGUGACGGUCCUGACUGUGGUGGCAUCUUUCAUCCCUGCCUUUGGGUCCUUCAUCUCAUUUGUCGGGAGCACCAUGUGCGCGCUUCUCUCCUUCGUGCUGCCCGCUCUCUUCCAUCUCAGCAUUGUAGGCUCGUCGAUACCCUUGUGGAGGCGGGUGCUGGACUACGCCAUCCUUCUAUUUGGUCUGGCUUUUGCCGGAUGUGGUCUUGUCACUGCUCUCUCCCCGCAUUGAACAAUGGCCCAAUCAGUCAAAAAGUGCAGAUCAGGAAUCAGGAUAUCUUGCGGUGGCAGGAAUCUGAAUGGAGAUGACUGGAGUACCAUAGCAGAUACCACGGCUUGACUAGUGCGUGACUGAAUUGGUCUGCUUCAAUCCCAUAUAGCAGCAGUCAACUGUGGAAGAUAUAGUCAUGGUGAUUUUCAGAAAUGAAGUUGUGUAUGCAUGUUAUACAAAUCCGCAUAUGUUACAUUGAAAUUUUAGAGUCAUAUCUUAGGUGGUGUUUGGAUCCAUUUGCCAUGGGCUAAAGUUUAGCCCUUAUGCUAAAGGUGCUCAAGUUUAGCUCAAGUGAGGUGUUUGGAUCUAGGGACUAAAAUGUGCUAAAAGGUGAAAAUGAGAGGAAAGAGAAGGAGAGUGUUGCACUUUUAGCCCAAUUUAGGGCCUCUAGUAGAGCAAAUGGAAGGAGCAAAUGUUUUGCCCAUUUGUCCAUAUGUUUAGAUCCUCGUGAAAAAAAAGGCUAAAAGUGCAAGACUAAAGUUUUGCCAGGGGAUCUAAACAGGGCCUUAAUCGUGUGCGUGUUACACAUCUACAUAUGUUACAUUCAGGGAAAAAAAACGCUUACAUUGAGUACAUGUUGGGAUCCAUCA